UGUGAGAAGUUGUAAAUGCACUGGUUCCCUGGGUACAGUUAUCCAUCAAUGCGUUGUUUUGGAGUUUAUUGCAAAGUAUUGCCCGUAUUAACACGUUAACAUGAAGAGGAAAAACACGCCAUCAGCAGAAGAUCUGGAAAAUGAGAUGGAAGCAUUAAAGCCAUCUGAUAACAAGGAGGGAAGUGCAAAAAAACCCAAAGGAUCCAAAAAGAAAUCAAGUGGACCGGUUACAGGGGAUGGAGUUCUUUGCCCAAAUACACUCUCUAAAGGGGAUCUGUACAAAGCCCCUACUGUGGAGGAGCUCAACCAGCUGAAGGAGGCAGAAAGUCUGUUUCACUGCAGUCUGCUCAAAAUGCAGAUGGAGGAACUGCUCAAAGAGGUGGCGCUGAGUGAGCGCAGGAAGAAACAGAUGGAUUCCUUCAUACAGGAAAUCACUGAUCUUUUGGAAUCUGUGCCUGAGACUCCAGUAGUGGAGAUGUCAGACUUGUCUUGGUUAUCAGAGUCAGGAAUUGAUGUCCCGUUUAUCCUGGUUCCUGAGGAGACUAAGGGCAAGUUCCACAUGAAGCCGCCUGAAUCCGUGGAUCUGAUUGGGAGCUAUCCUUUGGGAACUUGCAUCAAACCAAGAGUUUCUGUUGAUCUGGCUGUCACAAUUCCUGCUGGCAUCCUGCACCCGAUGGACGCCAUAAACCAGAGGUACUCUCGAAAGCGAGCUCUGUAUCUGGCAGGACUGGCACAGCACCUUUCCACCUCGCCGUUAGUAGGCCCACUGCAUUAUUCAUGCCUCCACGGCAACCGGCUUCGCCCACUCCUGCUGGUUACACCUUCAGGUAAGGACAGCAACAGCAUCGUGGUGAGAAUUCACGCCCUCCCGCCACCAGACUUCCUCAAACCGAGCCGCUUCCAUCCUCAGAAGAACAACAUCCGGACUGCCUGGUUUACUGGCCAAGAUGCAAAACAAGACAGCAGUGAGCCUCCUACUCCUCAGUAUAACAGUACAGUAGUAGGGGAUCACCUCCCUCGCCCACACCUGCAGUUCCUCAGCGCACACUGUGAUCAAUGUCCUGCCUUUCGUGAUGGUGUGGCUCUGCUCAAAGUGUGGCUCAGACAAAGAGAUCUAGAUCAGGGUGCUGGAUGUUUUGGAGGAUUCUUGGCCUCCAUGCUGCUGGCUUAUCUGCUCUCUACACAUAAAGUGGGUAAAACCAUGAACGCCUACCAGCUGCUCAGAAAUGCACUCCACUUCUUAGCUUCCACAGACCUGACUGAGAACGGUAUUACCUUGGCUAAAAACCCAGAUUCAAAAGCACCUUCUCUGCCUGAGUUCCACACUGCUUUCCCAGUGGUGUUUGUGGAUCCCUCUGGCCACCUUAACAUGUGUGCAGACAUGACCGCUUGCACCUACAAACAGAUCCAGCAUGAGGCUGCUGUGUCCCUCCAGUUCUGGGAUGAUCCCACUCUUGAUGGCUUCCAGGCUCUACUUAUGACCCCUAAACCCAUGAUCAGGACUUACGACAAUGUCUAUCAAUUGAAUGAUUUGGUGAAAAUGCAAGCUUCCUGUAAGAAGCUCUGUCUCCUCAGCAGUCUCAUGGACCACAGUGGAAACUACAUUCUCACUGCACUUCCCUUCAUCUUGUCCCUUCUGCAGCGAGGACUCGAAGACAGGAUCCGUCUUCUGGCUCACUCGCUUCCUCCCGACCCUGAGUGGUCAGUGUAUAGUGAACCCCCCAUGCACAAAGACCAGCCGCCUGUGUCCAUCGGCCUGCUACUGAACUAUGAGCGUGCUCUCUCUGUUCUGGAGAGAGGACCUGCCGCAGACAGCCCUGAGGCGGCUGAGUUCCAGCAGCUCUGGGGUUCUCGUUCAGAGCUGAGGCGCUUUCAAGAUGGAGCCAUCACAGAGGCAGUGCUGUGGUCCGGAUCCUCCACCUGCCAGAGGAGACAUGUCCUCUUUGAGAUCAUCACCCAUCUGCUAGAACUUCACGCAGAUAUACCCGAGUCAUGUGUCCGGUUUGUGGGAGGACAAGUGGAUGAUGUCAUUAAAGUUGGAAAAGAGGAGUGCACUACCGGAGAAGAGGAGAGUCUGAAGGUGGUGCAGUGCUUCGAUGAUCUAAGCAGAAAGAUGUGGCAGCUGGAGGGUCUGCCUCUGUCCAUCACAUCAGUGCAGGGUGCCCACCCAGCUCUCAGAUACACACAGGUGUUUCCUCCUGUACCGGUAAAGCUGGCCUACUCAUUUUUUCAGAGGGAGAAGACGAUGGCUGCUUUGAUUCCAGACGGUUCCAAGCCUUGCUCUUAUUAUAUAACUCCUAUAAAAGUGAUCUGUCACAUGGAAGGAAGUGGAAAGUGGCCUAGUGACAGUGUGGCCAUUCGCCAUAUCAAAGCAGCGUUCCACAUCCGCCUCGGAGAGCUGCUCAAAAAAGCACAUGACUACACGUUCCGGGUUUCUCCUACACACCUGGAUGUGUGGAAGGAUGGACUGGCGUUCCGCAUCCAGGUAGCAUACCAUCGAGAGCCACAGGUGCUAAGAGAGAGUGUGACCGCGGAGGGCAUGCUGAUUCAGAGAGACAAUGCAGAAGCACAGGCACUGGAGCUCGAGACCCAGCACAAACCUUUCCUCACCAGCACCCUACAUGGUCUGCAGCAGCAGCAUCCGUGUUUCGGCGCAGUGUGUCGUCUGGCCAAACGCUGGCUGGGUGCGCAGCUCUUUAGUGGAGACAUAAUAGAGGAGGCAGCUGAUCUGCUGGUAGCCUCGCUCUUCCUACAGCCGGCUCCCUUCACUCCUCCGAGUUCUCCUCAGGUUGGUCUACUCCGUUUCCUUCACUUGCUCUCCACUUUCGACUGGAAGAAUAAUCCACUGUUGGUCAAUCUCAACGGCAAACUCACAGCUGCUGACUAUACCGAAAUCAAAAACCACUUCCAGGCAUCGAGGGAAUCCUUACCUGUGAUGUUUAUUGCUACGCCCAAUGAUAAAGUCUCCAUUUGGACCAAAGAGGGGCCUUCGGUUCAGAUGCUCCAGCGUGUUGUCCUGAUUGCAGCAGAAAGCCUGCGUGUACUGGAGGCUCAGCUUAUCAACCCCAGCCAAAAACAAGACAUCCGGGUGGCAUUUCGACCCCCACUGGAGGCCUAUGAUGUUCUGAUCCACCUCAGACCUCAACAGGUGCCUCUGCUCUCCAGAGCUGUGGAUCCUCCUAAGUCAAUUUCUCGUCGUGGCAUCCUGAAUGAGGACGUGUUAAGCUCAGGGGGGGCUUUCCCUGUCGUGGACUUUGAUCCUGUGAAACUAUAUCUGUCGGAGCUCAGGGAUGCAUUUGGGGACCUGGCGCUAUUUUUCUGUGACCCGUAUGGAGGAACUGUGAUUGCAGUCCUGUGGAAGCCCAAAGCUUUUCAGCCUCGACUGUUUAAGACUUCUCUGAUGAACGCCAGACGAGUGGACAUGACUGAAGACAAGGUCACUACUGUUCCUAACAUAGAGGCCAUUGUGCAGGAUUUCCAUAUCAUGGGUGAGGACCUGGUCGAAAAGGUAGAACUAAGGACUGAAAAAUGGGUUGUCUGACUGAAGAUUCUUCGUUCCUCAAGAUCAAGAUCAUGUGUGCUAUGGAUUUUUUUCUUUUUAAAGGCCAUUACAUUUUAUGUAUAUUUCAAAGUUCUUUUUUGAGCUGAAAUGAAGAGAUUAAGUGAA